CUCAUCCCCACCCCAGAAGUGAAAAUUUGGAGAGAUGAAGAAUCAGAAAAAACUCUGUCUCGUGUCAAGGCGGAGUUUUCCCCUGGAAGCGGUCUAGGAGGAAUGUCAUUGAAGGGCGCCGUACCCCCAACAGGACUGAAGCACUUGAUAAAGUGAAGCCAGCAUCGAAUCCCCACAAACUCAGCACCACAAACUACAUCAACAUGGCAGCUCAACGGCGGUCCAUCUACAUCAAUCCGACUCCUUCGACGAUAGUGUCGCCCCUCGCGACUCAAGUUCAGGCUUUCCAUAAGCAAUUUCCGGGAUACCAGGCCAGUCCUCUGGUGUCUUUGCCGGAAGUCGCUCGGGAACUCGGAGUCCGUGCUGUGUACGUCAAGCAAGAAAGCAAUCGCUAUGGACUGCCCUCAUUCAAGGUCCUGGGAGCUUCCUGGGCCAUCUACCGGGCGCUCCUGGCGCUCUUGAAGCUGCCUCUCGAGACCUCCUUGAAAACCCUCAGUGAACGCAUCCGGGCGGCGGAAUCCUUCACGCUCAUGGCCGCUACGGAAGGAAAUCACGGUCGCGCCGUGGCCUAUGUGGCGCGUCAACUAUCUCUGCAGGCGCGCAUCUAUGUUCCCAACACGAUGGUUGCAUAUACACAGGAGAUGAUCCGGUCGGAAGGGGCGGAUGUCGUGGUGGCGGACGGAGACUACGACUAUGCCGUGCAGGAGGCCGCCAGAGCAUCGCAGACAACGCGGAAUGCAAUCCUGGUGCAGGACACAGCCUUUGACGGCUAUGCGGAGAUUCCGUCCUGGAUUGUAGAGGGCUACUCCACCUUGAUGCACGAGGUAGAAGUGCAGUUGCAAGCUCUUGGCCAGCAGAACACGCUGGUCGUCUCGCCUGCGGGCGUGGGCUCGUUGGCUGAAGCUGUCGCUAUGUAUUCCAAGUCGCGCAAAACUCCUGCGACCUUUGUGGCUGUAGAACCAGACACCGCUGCUUGUUUGAAUGUCAGCCUGAAGAAAGGAGACUCGACCUCAGUCAUUACCAGCCCCAGUAUCAUGGCCGGGAUGAAUUGCGGCACCGUGUCUUCCGCCGCCUGGCCUGUUCUGCAGAAGCUUGUCGACGCGAGUGUCACAAUCUCGGAUUAUGAAAGUCACUGCGCCGUCGAAUAUCUCGCCUCACUCGGGGUAGACUCGGGUCCAUGUGGUGCUGCCAGCUUAGCCGCUAUUCGACGUCUCAAAGCGGAGCAUGACACCCCUUUGUACUUCUCUUCAGACUCCGUGGUCGUACUGCUGAGCACUGAAGGUCGUCGACCUUACAAGACCCCCGAGGAUGUCUCCUCAGAUGACCCGAUUUUCUUGACCCAGACUCUGGCACGGAUCGAUUCCUCCAACCCGACGUUGUCCCAGGCCCAGGGAGCUGGCGAGACGGAGGUCGUUAAUUAUUUGUCAGCUUGGUUUGCGCAUCGUGCGAUUGAGCACCAUCGCGUGGAAACCACACCAGGCCGACCUUCUGUGGUCGGCAUAGUCAGAGGAACCGGAGGUGGGAAGUCCCUUAUGUUUAACGGCCACGUCGAUACCGUGACCUUGAGCACCUAUGAAGGCAACGGAUUGAGUGGACAUUUGGGCAACAAGAAUGGGAAAGAGGCCAUCUUCGGCCGGGGAACUCUUGACAUGAAAGCCGGACUCGCCGCAGGACUGGCUGCAUUGGCCAGCGCUCAGCGCUCCAAGCUGGCCGGAGACGUGCUUAUCACCGCCGUGGCAGACGAGGAGGAUGCCUCUCAAGGUACGAUGGAUGUGAUUGCAGCUGGCUGGCGAGCCGACGGGGCUGUGGUGUUGGAGCCCACGAACCUCAACCUCGCACAUGCGCACAAGGGAUUCGUCUGGGUGGAGCUCGAAGUCGAGGGACGUGCAGCCCAUGGCUCGGACCCUGCGGCCGGGAUUGAUGCCAUCAUGCACAUGGGGCUGGUGUUACAGGCGUUGAAGCAGUAUCAGCAGCAAUUGCCGGUGGACGAGGUGCUGGGACAGGCAUCCCUCCACUGCGGCGUGAUCAAGGGGGGCGCUGAGGUAUCCUCAUAUCCUGCCAGCUGCACAUUGACUGUCGAGUUCCGUACGGUGCCUGCGCAGACAGAUGAAGUCAUUCUCCACGAGAUGCGCAAUCUGCUUUCACAGGUUCAAGAGCAGAAUUCGGGCUUCCACUUCCGUGAGCCUCGCAUCACUUUCUCGCGACCGUGCCAGUACCUUCCAGAUAGUCACCCUCUGGUGCAGCAGAUGGUUGAUGCCAGUAAGAAGGCACUCGGUCAACCUGUGCCGGUCAUCAGUGUGCCUUUCUGGUGCGAUGCUGCUCUUCUGACCCAAGCAGGGGUUCCCAGUAUCGUCCUGGGCCCAUCUGGCGAGGGCUUACAUGCCAGAGAAGAGUGGGUGGAGGUUGAAAGUGUGCGAGAAUUAACCAAGAUGCUAGAGCUGCUGACCAGGGAGUUUUGCAAGUGAUUAUGAUUAUGAUUAAAG